AUGUUUAAUAAGCCGUCUCUGCGCCACCGCAUCUACUCCGUGCUCAUAUACCAGAACUUCGGCAUGUCUGGCAGCAUGACACUGCUGAUGUACGCAGUUUAUAUAGUGGUUGGUGCAUCCGUCAACGUUAUAGCCGUCUUCAUUAUGGACCGCGUUGGCCGCCGCCCGCUGCUAAGGAUCGGCUUACUUUCCACCACCAUUGAGACCGCGCUUGUGGCUAAGUACGCCAGCAGCGAUUAG